UCUGAAUCUUGAACUUGAAGUUGAUGUCUGAGCAGGGAGAAAAGCACGUCCUUUCCCUAGAGAAACUGAUCGAAGGCGUUGCUUUUAAGUACCUAGUGGGACAAGUUGAAGAUGACGUUCUGAGAGGUUGGUGCCGUCUAAGUCUGCUGCAACGAUUUGAGUAGGUGAUUAGGAGAAUGGCGUCUGCUCAAUUCCUGGCGGAAGUGCAAAGUUUUCAGGCGGCAGCAUCGAUCUUUUGUGGUGGUAGUCCUGGAAGAAGAAUGCAGCAUCGUUCGGGGGGCCCCAGACAAGUAUGGCAUUCACAGCUGACUUCCAACGUGAUAGUGCCCCUCCAAAAUUUGCAUGGUUCAUCAGGCUGCUCGACUUUUACUUCUCUACAUCAACCUGGUGCUCCAAUGCAUGCAAGCAGGAAUGCUGCUCUUCUAAAUGUCACACACAGCUGGCCACCAACUAGACUGCGGAGACAGCUCACAAUCACCGCCCGUGCUACGAACAAUGGAACCAUAGUCACCCGACCCGCGCCCCCCAGGUAUGAAACCCCUCUAGGAAACUCAGACAAUGGGGCCGCCUAUACUGCUCUCACGUCCCAGAACGGAGCCGCCAGGAAAGGUGAUGUCAGCAACAUGUACAGAGCUGAGGUCAGCAAGGCGGCAGCUGGGACGAGCAUUCAGCUGGACAGCAGGAGGUAUCCGCUGGCGGGUGGGGAGAGUACGAGGAUCGAGGUGCGGGAGUAUGAGGAUACCAGCGAAAAAGGGGACACGUUCACCAAGUACUCGGGCUACAUCUUUGAUCAGGCGGACGGAGAGGCCAACACGUGGCCCGAGUACGACCAGCAGAAGAUUGCCAGAUACUAUCAGGCCCGCCCCUUUCUGUUGGCCCGCCGCUUGGUCCAAAUUGGCACCACGCUCGGGGUGUGGCUCGGGAAACGAUGGCUCGACUCAAAGCGCGGGCGCACCACCAUUAUGUUCCCAAAGAGGGCGGCACAGCUGCGCGCCGCACUUAUGGAGCUAGGGCCUGCCUUUGUCAAGAUUGGGCAAGCGGUUUCGAGUCGGCCCGAUGUGGUGCCACAAGAGUUCCUCAAGGAGCUGGAGAAGCUGCAGGACCGCAUCCCGCCCUUCCCCACCGACAUCGCUCUGGACAUCAUCGAAGAGGACCUGGGCGUGCCCAUCGAGACGCUGUUCUCGGAGAUUUCCCCUGAGCCGAUUGCGGCUGCGUCGCUUGGGCAGGUUUACCAGGCGCGCCUACGGCCCAACGGGCAGGAGGUCGCCGUCAAGGUUCAGCGGCCAGGGGUGAUGGCUGCGAUCGCGCUGGACGUACACAUCUUGCGGAUAUUGGCGGGGCUGGGCCAGCGGUACGGCAGGCUGAACACAGACCUCCAGGCGGUGGUGGACGAGUGGGCCGCGAGCCUGUUCAAGGAGAUGGACUACAACGCGGAGGCGCGCAACGGGCUGCGCUUCAAGAAGCUCUUCGGCGCAAUCAACAACGUGAUGGUGCCGACGGUGUACCCGGAGCUGACCAGCAAACGAGUGCUGAUCAUGGAGUGGGUGGAGGGGCAGCGGCUAUCGGAGGGCGGCGUCACUCCCGAGGACCUGCGCAUGGUGGAGGUCGGCGUCUACUGCUCCCUUUCGCAGCUGCUCGACUCAGGGUUCUACCACGCGGACCCCCACCCGGGAAACCUGCUGCGAACACCGGACGGCAGGCUGGCGUACCUGGACUUCGGCAUGAUGGGCGAGAUCAAGCAGAACCUGCGUGAGGGCCUCAUCGAGGCGUGCGUGCAUCUGGUCAACCGGGAGUUCAACCUUUUGGCGAAAGACUUCGUAACGCUGGGCCUGCUGCCGCCCACGGCGGACAUGUCGGCGGUCGCCCCCGCGCUGACCGGCGUUUUCCAGUCGGCCAUUGCCGGGGGCGUCCGAAACAUCAGCUUCGGGGACCUGUCCGGCGACCUUGGCCGGACGAUGUACAACUUCAAGUUCCGCAUACCGGCCUACUUUUCGCUGGUGAUCAGGAGCUUGACGGUGUUGGAAGGCAUCGCGCUCGCGAGCGACCGCAACUACAAGGUGCUCGGCGCUGCGUACCCGUGGAUCGCCAAAAAAGUGCUCACGGACAGGUCGCCCGCACUCCGGGCCACGCUGAAAGAGCUGCUGUACCAGAACGGGAGCUUUCGGUUUGACCGGUUAGAGUCGCUGCUACGAGAGUCCCAACGACCAGUGUUCGAGCCCGCCGAGGCGGACGUUCAAGAGGGGGAGAAGGACCGGCGACUCCUCAAAAAAGUACUCAAGUUCGCUCUUAGCGAAGAGGGCGAGUUUGUGCGCGACGCUCUCCUGACAGAAUUGACCAAGGGCCUCGACGCAUACAACCGUGCGCUGUUCGACUCCGCGGUUUCCAACCUCCGCGCCUCGUUCCCCGCGCUCCCGCUCCCGCUCCCGGAGCCGCUCUCCGAGCCCGAGGACGACGAGGCGCUCGUCAACCUGCGCAAGUUCGGGGCGCUGCUGACGUCAGGCUCGGCGGACGGAGCGGCGGCGGCGCCGCCGCAGAGGGUGCAGCGGGUGACCACGGUUGGGGAUGACGUCAUCGUAGCCAGUAUUAGCCGCGAAGCGAGGGAGUCGGCGGUGGAGCCGGCGCGGCCGCAGGUGGGGCUGGCGGACCUCUCGAAAGCCGUCGAACAGGCGCAGGCCCUGACCAAGUACGUACCGCAGCUGACGGUCCUAGCGGAGCUUCCGUUGAACGCACAACAGCAAGCGGCGCUGCUGCCGAUCGAGCUGGCGGGCCGGCUGGUGUCCCGGGCAGCGGCUCGGACGAUACGGCAGAGGCUGACGAACCCGGGCAGACGACGAGAACUUGAUGUUGGGAGACUUGAUGUGGAGGUAGAUACGUUUAACCGGUAACACCCGCCUGUUGGUCCGAGGUAUAAGUCGCCUUUUCAGGUGACUCAAUUCUUAGAAGCUCCUUGGCAGCUAGAGAUCACCCCUCCGUCGGCAGGAGCCCACUUUUGACAGCCCGGAGUUGACACAGUUGUUAAUCUGUUCAAUCCUGCAACUCAUAGUCAAUUUACUGCAAUAGGCGAGAGUUUGCAUUCCCGAACUGCGGCAGGCAGGCAUUAUCCAGAGACGGGUUGGAACGGCCCGAUCUCUGGCCCAAUGCAACGUUGACCUUAGAGUCACAUGCAUGGGCCACGCGCACUCACAUUAUAGUGAAUGCUGACAGCGUGUUUUGUGAUCGUUUCAUGUGUUCUUGAAAGCCC